CGCGGGUGUCAGCUAUUUCGGAGGCGUUUGGCAUGUGAAUUGUGGUUACGAUCAUGUGACUGGGAAAUUGCCAUGUCCUUGCGGCACCGUGGCAGUGUUGACCUUGCAAUGAGUCAGAUCCAAAGCAUAACGGCCGGUGACGGAGACCUGGGAUUGCUUGCUUUCGGAGAGGAAAAUAUUUUAGAGGGUUGGAAGAAAAAAUUGGAAGAAGAGGCAAAGACGAAGAUUUUGUUGAGAGGAGAUAUCUUCGGUUGGAGGGCAAAAUAGUCCACAGUAGCGUCUAGGUGCAAGUUUGUCCGGUGGAGCGAAUAGCUUCGCAAUGCAAGAACAUUUUUGGUGUCAAGCAACGGGGGUUUGACGGGCAGACAGAAAAUUGUCGCAAUCCCAGAACCAGUCACACCAAUCUUGCCGUGAAUGUGUGGGAUAGCCCACCUACUGGAUGGCGUUGAAGUCGCUCUCUCAUCAAUACCUGCCGUCCCCGCCGACGGUCCUUCGUUAGUAUGCCACGCGAAGUCGACAUCUCCAACAUUGAGCGGAAUUUCAUCCUCCAAGCACUAGAACAAGGCGUGCGAGUCGAUGGACGGCGUCUAGACCAGUUCAGAAACCUUGAUCUACACUUCGGGCAUGAAUAUGGAACAGUCACUGCCCGUCUCGGGAAGACGAGGGUUCAUGUUCAGAUCUCAGCAGAAGUCACGAAGCCACUCGAAGACCGCAAAUUUGAUGGAAUCUUCACAAUAGUCACAGAAUUGAGUCCUAUCGCGUCUCCCGCAUACGAAGUCGGCAGACAGACCGAGCAAGAAGUGAUAUUGUCCCGGACUCUCGAAAAGGCUAUACGAAGAUCUCGUGCCAUUGAUACGGAAUCCUUGUGCAUUAUUGCGGGAGCCAAAUGCUGGUCCAUUCGAGCCGACGUGCAUGUUCUUGAUUCUGAUGGUGGUCUGAUUGAUUGUGCCUGUAUUGCGAUUGUGGCGGCGUUGCGACACUUUCGAAGACCCGAUGUCUCAGUUGACGGGGAAAACGUGACAAUCUACACCAUGGCCGAACGAGUGCCGGUUCCCUUGAGCAUCAUGCACCACCCCGUCUGCACAACAUUCAGCUUCUAUCACGAAGGCGAGACCAUCCUGCUGGAUGCUACACGCAGGGAAGAGCAAGUUCGGGAGUCGAGCGUCACUUUUACCGUGAACGACUUCGAAUUAUGCCAGGUCUCCAAGAUGGGGGGGAGCGCGAUCGAUGCCCUCGUUCUGCUGAAGUGCAUCAACACAGCGCUGGGCAAGGGGAAAGAGAUCAAUGGGAUCGUGGCUAAGAAAUUGGCAGAGGAUGCGACCCAGCGAGACGUGGGCGGACUGAUUGCCGAGCUUCGAGCUGAGAACGAGCGAUGACCAGUCAAUGUCUUGUGCUCGGAGCGAGAUUUACUCAGAGCAUUAUUGUCGGCGUCAGAGUGAGGCUGGCUGAAGGAAAAGGGGAAGCAGAAGGAACAGGAUGUUGUAUGGAUGAUAUUCCACCACCCAACCAACCUUGAAGCUUGCUUGAUAUGUAACAACAACCAGCAAUCAUGGAUGUGGCAGUGCAGUCUCAGAUGCCAUUUUUAACUUCUUGGGAAUCAAGCAGCCCCAGACACCAAGGAUCCAGUCAGCCACGAAUCAAUCUCCCCCGUGGAAUAAUCUGUCAAACCACUGGACGAGCUUCUAGGCUGCAGGCAAAAUGAAGACUGAAUGAUGUUUUGGGUACUCUAUCUUGUCCUCGGUCACAUACCGGCAUAGGGACCUAUGCACUACGGAGGAGAUAUUAUAUGUACUUAGAUACGAGUACGGCAUCCAGCUUCGCAGGACCCCUCUGGUGGUGAAUUCGGUUUGCGCCUCGCAGCCUG